UUGACUGAGGAGGUCCCACUCCCAGCGGAAUAUCCAUAUUCCACAGCGAUUGGGCUGAGUUUUCCGCUUUCGUAAUCGAGUUCUAAGCAUAUUACUUUCGUUUCACGCGAUCGAUCCCGCUCUUUCUGAUGUUUUUAUGCAUCGUUUCCAGGUUUUCUCAACCCAAAAUGGUAUGAAUUUCAUACUGUUACGUACAGAUUUCUAGGGUUUCCAUACGAUUUCGCCUUCUAUUUCUGUUAGGGUUAGGGUAGUACAGUAUAGAUCGUCGUCGUCAUGGAAGAUUGGCAGCAGCUCUACCAAUUCGCUCAGUCCGUGUUGAUAGGCGUCAUUUUCUCGUUCCUCCUCGCGAAGCUCAUCUCCGUGGUAGUCUCCUUCCGGGAGGAAAAUCUCAGCAUCGUUCGCGGCGAGCCAGAGGCGUCUCCGAGCGAGUCCGAACCGAUUCGCGACGGUUCCGGAGAGGAUUCGGAUGCUCCGUCCGGUGAAAAGGGUGGUGGUUCGCCGAGUGAGAGCGCGCUGACUGGCGGUGAUCAGGAUAGCGUUGAGGACGACGAUGACGAUGACGAUUGGGAAGGUGUUGAGAGUACCGAGUUGGAUGAGGCUUUUAAUGCCGCCACAGCGUUUGUGGCGGCUGCCGCAGCCGAUCGGUUGUCGCACAGAGUGUCGAAUGAUGUGCAGUUGCAGCUCUAUGGGCUCUACAAAAUUGCCACGGAAGGACCGUGUACAGUUCCCCAGCCAUCAGCAUUCAAGAUGACUUCUCGGGCUAAGUGGCAAGCAUGGCAAAAAUUGGGUGCUAUGCCCCCUGAGGAAGCAAUGCAGAAGUAUAUUGCAAUUGUUACCGAGUUAUAUCCUACUUGGGCUAGUGGUUCAACUUCUAAGACAAAGGGUGGAGAUAGUAGUGAUGCACCAAUUGGAGAUAAUAAAGGGCCAAUGGGACCUGUUUUCAGCAUGUUUGUUUAUGAAGAGGAAUCUGGAAAUGAGUUAAAAAUGGAUGCCAUUCAUGCCUUUGCCCGGGAAGGUGAUGGAGAGAACUUGCUUAAAUGUAUCGAAAGUGGUGUUUCUGUGAAUUUAAAGGAUAGUGAGGGUCGAACUCCAUUGCACUGGGCUGUAGACCGAGGCCACCUUGACAUCACAGAAUUGCUUGUAAGCAAGAAUGCUGAUGUAAAUGCAAAGGAUAACGAGGGCCAAGGCCCAUUGCAUUAUGCAGCCGUUUGUGAGAGGGAAGCUAUUGCUGAGUUCCUUGUGAAGCAAAAUGCCAACACAGAUCUAAAAGACAGCGAUGGCAACACUCCUCUUGAUCUCUGCGACAAGAACUGGCCUUGCUUGCAAUCUGCAGCGGCCUGACUUACUUUCUAGUGUUAGUUUCUAUUUCUCUCAACAAACCAGUGCGAUUAUUGAUGGUUUCUGAUCUGUACAUUCUUCAACCAUUUCAGUAGUUAUCCCAUCUUCAUGAUAUAUUGGCAUGUGGUGGCCCACGCCACUUUCUUUUCAAGCUCGUUUCAUUCUACAUGAUCCUAUUUCUUACAAAAUUGCAUUAAAUACACCUCUUGUGGCAAAGCCUGUUCCUUGA